GAGCAGCAUGAGCACCCCACAGUCAGCUGCACCAGAGAGCCCCACCGAGGGUCCCACAGGCCCGGCAGGGAAGGCUGCGGUCGGUGUCCGGGAGAAGGGCCCUCGGCUCUGUCAGCGACUGCCCUCUAUAGUGGUGGAGCCCACUGAAGCGGGUGCCGUGGAAAGUGGGGAGCUGCGUUGGCCACCGGAGGGUACCCAGAGGGGAGCCCCUCAGAUCCAGGCUGCUGCUGCAUCUUCCCCGAGUCCUCCUGGAGCACCAGGGAAGGAAGGAGGUGAUGACGUCAUCGAGGGUGCCAGCCCCGGGCACCAGGUAUUCCCUGCUCCGGUAACAGAUACGGGCAUGGCAGGCUCUGCUCUCUGACCACCGAGAGGACUUC